GAGAGUACGGUACGAGCUGUACGUAUUUGCCGUACUCGUGUACCGGUAGGAACAAGUACGUACGUGGUGAAUGCACAAACAACAAGAUCUUCGAGAAAAAAUCUAAUCACMUACCGUACGGUACCAGCACCUGGUACGUAAAAUACAUACUGAGCAACAACACGGCAGACUAAUAAUUUGUACAGUAAUUUAGCAGAAUCGUACAAUCCAAGGAAGGAACCACCGACUCGCAACAAAUUCUUCCGAAGGACGAGGUCACUGUUACACCGUACCGGUCCUUGUUUUCAUAUCCAAACCUUGCCUUUCUACCACCCUGCCACCGUUGACAUGCCCAAGCCAAAGAAGAUUCUCAACGACCSGAAAGAAUCCGUCGACGAGUUCAUCUCGGGAUUGUUGCUCCAGUAUCCCAACCGCCUCCAAAAGCUUCAAAACCACCAUGUCGUGCUGACCACGACGCCCCCCUGCGGCGGAAGCGCCGUCCAGCUCUUGUCGGGGGGAGGCAGCGGCCACGAACCCAGCCACGCCGGCUGGAUCGGGAACGGGAUGCUCUCRGGUGCCAUCUGCGGGGGGAUCUUUGCCUCUCCCAGCGUGGCCAGCAUCCUGGCAGCGAUCCGGGCCGCGGCGGCCUCCAUGACCGAGAACGCGGGAAUCCUGCUGGUGGUGAAGAACUAUACCGGCGACCGCCUCAACUUUGGCAUGGCCUGCGAAAAGGCCAACCAGGAAGGGAUCCUGUCGCGGAUGGUGGUCGUGGCCGACGACUGCGCCCUGGAACGCACCAAGGGAAUCACGGGAGCCAGGGGGGUCGCGGGCUGCGUGCUCGUGCACAAGGUGGCUGGUGCGGCCUCCGUGGCGGGAAAGAGCCUCGACGAAGUCGUGGCACUCGUGGAAGAGGUCAACGGUUGCAUCGGAACCCUGGGCGUCGCCCUCGAUUCCGUGACGAUACCGGGUGCCGAAAGCGUCAACGACCGCCUGGACGACAAAACCAUCGAAAUCGGGCUCGGCAUCCACGGCGAAGCGGGAAUGAAGCAAUCGCCCCUGUUGACCGCCGAUGAGAUGGCAAAGGAAAUGGUCGACACCAUUCGCGAGUACGGACGGACCAACAAGAGCGGAGAGAUCGUUCCCCUCUUCGAGAAGGGAGAUUCGCUCUGCGUUUUGGUAAACAACCUGGGUGGAACCUCCAAUUUCGAAAUGUCCAUUUUGGCCAACGCCUGUGUGAAGUACAUCGAAGGCGAUGCGAACGGGUGCAAGGUGACGCGCCUUCUGGUGGGCAGCUUCAUGACGUCGUUUGACAUGCACGGGGCUUCGGUCACGAUUCUCAACUUGUCGUGCGCGAGCGAAGAAAUGAUCUCUCUUUUGGACGCACCCACCGACGCUCCGGCAUGGAGCACUUGUGACAUCUGGAAGGCAGAGGGUGACAAGAUUCGUCUCUCGAGCACGGAGCGUCCCGAGGUUGUAGUUGAUGACAGUGCCGAACCGAAGCUGACACUGCCGCCUGUUGCCAUUCCCAACUUUGGCGAAACGGCAAAGACCCUGGUAUUGAAAGCGGUAAAGAGUCUCGGUGAAGCAGAGGCAACUCUUACGAAGUACGAUACCAUUGUUGGUGAUGGAGAUUGCGGCAUCACGAUGAAACGGGGAGCGACGGAAAUAGAAGAACGCMUUACGAAGGGCACGAUUCCAACAGACCAUCCCGUUUCUAUGUUUUCCGCCAUGGCAGAUGCCGUCUCGGACUCCAUGGGUGGCACAUCGGGAAUAUUGCUGGAACUGAUGUUUCGAAAAAUUUCUUCUACGCUGUCGCGUUGCGAAACCAUUGGUGCGGCGGAAAUGAGCCAGGCCUUCAAGGCGGGUGUCGACGCCAUUAGCCUGUACGGUGGUGCAACCGUUGGUUCUCGAACCAUGCUGGAUGCUCUGGUCCCUGCAGCAACGUCGCUGGUCGAGAGCGGCUCGAUUGCCGAGGCUUGCGARAAGGCAAAACUUGGAUCCGACGGAACCGCAGACAUGAAAGUGGCCUCUGCGGGCAGAUCGAAUUAUUUGUCGGAAGAAACACUGACGGGAACCCCCGAUCCCGGUGCCGUGGCCGUUGCUAUUGUUUUUGAGGCAAUUUCAUCGGCACCUUAAAGAACGCAGGGGUUCAAAAAUACAAGUCAGCUUUUCUAUUCGUUCUUCACCCGUUAAACCAUUCACACGAGGCCCGUACAGCAUUCAGAGAGUGACAAAUACGAAGGCGUCUCCUUCGGCAACGACAGAUAGUUCGCCACGCCUACUUUUUUAUCUAUAUUUCGAAGCAGACGUUUCGACACUUUCCAAACACAAGAAUUGUUAGUACAUCAAUUUACAUGCACUGAUAAGGUUAACAAAUCAGCUAUUAUCCA